AGUGGCCGUUAGCUCGGUGUAUAGCUCCACUAUAGCUUUUAUAUAUACCUGCUGUUUUUAGUGAUUUAAGGAGAUAUAAAGGAAAAAAUAAAUCAACCUGGGAUGCGAGUAUUAUAAAGAAGAAAAACGCGCUUCAACUUGAGAAAAAAGAAGAGACAGAGACGCGGCACUUGCACCGGCGGAGAUACAUUAAGAAAGGUGAGAGGCUGAGAGAGCGAGGGAGCGAGUGAGAGAAGGAAACGAGAGAGAGAGAGAGAGAGAGAGAUGGAGCAGCAGAGACAGAGAGCUCUCUCCACAUCAGGAGAAUCGCUCUACGCCGUGUUGGGAGUCGAUAAGAGCGCCACGACAGAGGACAUCAAGAAAUGUUACAGGAAACUGGCGUUGAAGUUCCACCCAGACAAGAACCCCGACAAUCCAGACGCAGCCGAGAAGUUUAAGGAGAUCAACAACGCCCACUCGAUCCUGGCCGACGACACCAAGAAGAACAUCUACGACAAAUACGGCUCGCUGGGGCUUUACGUGGCCGAGCAGUUCGGAGAGGAGAACGUCAACACCUACUUUGUUCUGUCCAGCUGGUGGGCCAAGGCGUUGUUUGUCUUCUGCUGCCUGUCCACCGGCUGUUAUUUCUGCUGUUGCCUGUGCUGCUGCUGUAACUGUUGCUGUGGUAAAUGUAAACCUCGGCCGCCCAUGGACCAGGAGCCCGAGUUCUACGUCUCCCCCGAGGAUCUGGAGGCCCAGAUGACCGCUGACGAGAGAGAUGGCGGUGAUCCCAUCAUGAUGCAGCCGUCCUCCGCCACAGAAACCACCCAGCUCACCUCCGAUGCCCACCAAAGCUACAGGACCGAAGCAUACUGAACACACACACA